AUGUCUGCGACAAGGAGGUCUCAGACCAAUUCUAAAUUUAAAACCACUAAACCAGUUUGUCAUACCUCAUCACUUCAAAAUGGAAACCCUCCGAUCGAUUCUAAAAAGUCUGAAAAUUGGGGACUGGGCAGUAAAACUGGAUUUGCAAGAUGCUUAUUUCCAUAUACCCAUUCACAAACAUUACAGAAAAUUUCUACGCUUCAGCAUUUUGGGAAAAAAGUAUCAAUACCGAGCUCUACCAUUCGGUCUACGAUCGGCUCCAAGGAUUUUCACAAAAGUGAUGGCAGUAGUAGGUGCGUUUCUGCGAAAACAAAUGAUUCACAUAUUUAUGUACCUGGACGAUUGGAUGUUAAAAAACAGCAGCAAAGUAAAGCUGACAAAACAAUUACAGUACACUCAAGAAUUGUUAAAAAAUCUGGGUUUGAUAAUCAAUGUGAAAAAAUCUUGUUUAGUUCCGACUCAAACAAUAGAGUAUCUGGAAGCAGUGAUUCACUUAAAAGAAGGUCUUGUGUUUCCGUCUCUAGAAAGAUUCAAAAAUAUAAGUCAGAUGAUUCAUAUAUUCCUAAAUUCACAAACAGUAGAGGCACGUGUAAUGUUGAGACUACUUGGUCUAAUGGCUUCAUGCAUAGAUUUAGUUCCAUGGGCCCGACUGCACAUGAGACCACUUCAGCUUUAUCUUCUAGCUUGGUGGAGACCAGCUCUACACAGUUUAAAUCAUUUGAUUCCACUGUAUCAACCUCUCCAGGAACAUCUAUUCUGGUGGCUAAACCGAAGAAAUUUUUUCAAGGGAGUGCUAUUAGAACAAGAUUCUGCUCAAGUGACUCUAGUGACAGAUGCGUCACAGUCGGGAUGGGGAGCUCAUAUAAACAAUUAUCAGAUAGCAGGUGUUUGGUCGCCUCAGUACAAAGUAAAACACAUCAAUUGGCUAGAACUCAAAGCUGUGCAGUUAGCACUGCAAACAUUUCUGAUAAAAGUACAAUUCAAAAGUGUGCUAGUGAGAACAGACAAUGCAACUGUUGUCAGUUAUCUGAACAAACAGGGAGGUACACGACCCCCAGACCUUUGUUACUUGGCAUGGGAUCUUUUGAAAUGGUGUAUAAAUCACAAUGUCAAAAUCCAAGCUGUUCAUAUUCCGGGGAAAAAGAAUAUUAUAGCAGAUGCCCUGUCAAGGGGGAAAAUGACCAUUCGUUUGACAGAAUGGGCAUUAAAUACGACAAUAGUGAAUUUGCUGUUCCUUCAGCUAGGAACACCAGUAAUAGAUCUGUUUGCGACUUCAAUGAACAAGAAGCUGCCAGUGUUUUGCUCUCCUUGGCCGGAAGAAACAGCAGUGUCAAUAGAUGCACUGUCAAUGAUAUGGACAAAUCUAUUUGCUUAUGCAUUCCCGCCACCGAUCAUUCUAAACAGAGUAUUACAAAAAAUACAGAAAGAGGACUGUGUAAUUUUACUGAUAGCGCCAAUGUGGCCGAGACAGUCGUGGUACAGUCAACUUCUCAACCUGUUAAUAGACUUUCCAAUACAACUGCCUGUCCAACAAAAUCUAUUAAGUCAAAAUGGAAUUUUUCAUCCAAAUCCAAGUGUUCUAAAUCUUGUAGCUUGGAAAGUGUCAAAAGAUCUUACACUGCAAAAGGAUUUUCACCAAAAAUUGCUUCAAUUAUUUCCAAUGCACGAAAACAAUCAACACAGACAGUUUAUAAUGCAAGACUCAAGAUAUUUGACAGCUGGUGUCAAGAACGGGGUAUCAAUCCCAGUACGUCAACUGUGCCAGAAAUAGCUGAAUUUCUUAUGUUUUUACAUACUGUAAAGAAUUUUAAGCCAAGCACUUUAGCUGGCUACAAGUCAGCAAUAGCUUUAAUACAUUCAUCUAAAGAUAGAAUUUCUAUUAACAUGGAUUUGUGUAACUUAAUUAAAGGAUUGUACAACAUUAAUCCACCAAUAAGGCAGUUGGCUCCAAAUUGGGAUUUGCCGUUGGUUUUGCAAGUGUUAACAAAGACACCUUUUGAACCACUAGAAGAAGCAGAAUUGAAAUAUUUAACCUUAAAGACAGUUUUUCUUAUGGCAUUAGCUUCUGCUGCAAGAGUCAGUGAAAUACACAGUUUCACUAUUAAUGACAAACAUUUCAGGAAAGAGCAAAGAGGUAUACGGUUGUUGCCAAAUAUGCAAUUUCUUGCUAAAACUCAAACUUUGAAUAAACCAUGGGAACCAGUAUUCAUUCCCAAAUUUGAAAACUAUGCUACAGAUCCAAAGGAUUUACUGCUGUGCCCUUGUAGAGCACUACUAGCUUAUAUUAAAAGAACUGAAGUUUUGCGCAAAUCACAAAGACUCUUUGUAACAUAUCAAAAGAAUCAUCAUGUAGAGGCUUCUAAGAAUUCCAUUGCACGAUGGAUUGUGAACACGGUUAAAUAUGCAUAUGAACAUGCAGAUACAGACACACUUCAGUUUGUGAGAGCUCAUGAUACAAGAAAGCUCUCAACUUCUUGGGCUUUAUUCAAUGGACUUUCCUCUCAAGAAAUUUUAAGAGCAGCUCAUUGGUCAAAUGAGACAACAUUCACCUCAUAUGACUUGAAAGAUGUACCAGAUUUGGAAUCUCGCUUUGCAAAAGCUGCAAUUUUGCAUACAGCUAACAGAAGACAGAAGAAGUAUUAA